UUUUUCCUUCAGCUUUUAGACAUGGCGGCGGAACCUCAACCGGACUGGCUCUCCUGUCUUCCCCCUUUUUGGAGUUACGGCGUCACCCAGGAUGGACGCGUGUUCUUUAUCAACGAAGAAGCCAAGAGUACAACCUGGCUGCAGCCUGUUAGCGGAGAGGCUGUGAUAACAGGGCACAGAAAAACUCCGGAUUUACCGACGGGAUGGGAGGAAGGAUACACGUUCGAGGGCGCCCGCUGCUUCAUCAACCACAAUGAGCGAAAGGUGACGUGUAAGCACCCCGUCUCAGGAGCUCCCUCCCAGGACAACUGCAUCUUCGUCGUGAACGAACAUGUGAAAUAUGGAAAGCUUGUCCAUCCAGACCAGCCCCUCGAGGCUGACAUCAGGACAGCUCCUAAGUCAGAGCAGGAUAGUAGCGCCAAUAAGAAGGAACGUCCCGUGAGCACCAUGAGCGAAGCGUCCAACUACACGGGGGGCUCGGACAACAGCAACUUCACCGGGAGUCCCGCCGCCACCGUGACUCUCUCGUCUUCGUUCACACGGCCCUCAAGGUCUUCCAAAAAAGUACACAACUUUGGUAAGCGGUCGAACUCCAUCAAAAGGAACAUCAAUGCCCCAGUGGUCAAAAGCAACUGGCUUUAUAAACAGGACAGUACAGGCAUGAAGCUAUGGAAGAAGAGGUGGUUUGUUCUGUCGGACUUGUGCCUUUUCUACUACCGCGAUGAAAAAGAAGAUAGCAUCCUGGGUAGUAUCCUGCUCCCGAGUUUUCACAUCUCCAUGUUGUCGGUGGAUGACCACAUUAGCAGAAAAUAUGCUUUUAAGGCCACUCACCCCAAUAUGAGGACGUACUAUUUCUGCACUGAUACAGCCAAAGAAAUGGAGUCCUGGAUGAAGGUCAUGACCGACGCUGCCCUGGUCCACGGAGGACCGGCCAAAAACCCUGCGCUGACUGCCGGGAAAUGCCCGCAGAUAGACACGUCGGACAUGUCGAAAGGGGAUCAGCCGACACCUCAGGAGUUGAACAACGUCUUAAACAACCGGCUCUUCAGCCGACCCGAGGUCCAGAACAACGAACGGAAUCGCGAGCCCGUACGUCAACAUUCCCUGUCACGGACCGACGCGAAACAGCCGAGAGAUGCCGAUAAGCUCCACGGCGAGAAGGAACGGGAGUACUACACCUUCCAGAAAGAUGGCGGGCGGUAUUGCUUGAAGCAGGACUGCGUGAGCUACAUGCUCCAAAAGGACGGUGAGAAGUAUCUCCUGCACAAGGGAGGUGAAAAGUACAUGUUGCAAAAGGACGGUGAGAAGUACUCCAUCCACAGGGACUUGGAAAAUUGCUCGGUGGAGAAAGCGGACGGCAAGUACAGAGCGACGCCGACGGACGAAAAACGUGGCCCAACCAAAGACGGCGAGAAGUAUUUUCGCCCGAAGGACGAAGAGAAACUCCUGCUGCAAAAAAUGGGAGUUACGCCCACCCUUGUGAAAGAUAAUCAGAAAUAUGUGCCUCAGAGGGAGGUGAGGAGGCAGCUGUCGUUAAAAGAGACGCAAAGUAAAUAUGGAACCAUACAAAUUGUGGACAAAUAUAACACUUUGAAGGACGUCAGGAAGUACAGCACGCUCAGAGAAGGGGAUAAAUACGCCACUCUGAGAGACUUGGAAAAGUACGCCACGCUUUGCCACGGGGAUAAAAACCGCUUCCAGAAAGAUCCCAGCGCAGCGUCGUCUCACGCUAAAAUAAGCGACAUCAACCUGCAGCCGGCCCAGGCGGCUGCCAUCGCGGCGGCGGCGGCGGCUGUGGCAGCAUCCCGCCGGGGCCAGGCCGCCCUCGCCGUGCCAAAGCCCGCACAGGUAAAUGGAUCCGGCUCGGCGGACCACAAAAGCGACUACGGCUCGGCGGCAGACAACGAGAACCAGGCGAGGGUUCCGGCUGCUCCAGUUCAGGAACAGGAGAGGGGGUUGUGCAGAACCAAUUCCAUACAGCAGGUGGAGCGUAUAGCUCGCUCGCACAAGCCCAAAGGGACCGAAGAGGACCGCAGUGUUUCGUCCUACCAGACCUUACCCAGAAACAUGCCCAGCCACCAUCCCCAGCUCGUACCCAGAUACCCCGAAGGCUACCGCACGUUACCUCGCAACAGCAUGAUGAGGCCCGACAGCAUCUGCAGCGUGGCAGGUUCGGCGUACGAUCGGGCUCUACGACCCGUUUCUACCGGCGCUGUCACGGCGGCGGAGAAGAGGAAGUCAAUGAGGGACGACACCAUGUGGCAGCUCUACGAGUGGCAGCAGAGGCAGGCUUUCUCCAGGCAAAGUCUAGCCCAACCAGCAGCAGGGCAUUACGGCACCCUCCCCAGCACAAAGACGAUGGGCAACAUAUCCGAGCACGCCGCGGUCCACUCCGUCCUCACAUCGCCGUCGCACGGAUCGCUCGCCCUCUACAACACCCUGCCCCCACCGAGCCAGCAAGGCGUCACCACCCCCGGCGGCUCCCACUCCGAGGCGUCUCCGCCGAUCUUCCGAGAAGACGGGACGCUCGACCGUCUGCACAGGACACACCCUGCCAAGUUUGGAAGCACACUUGACCGCCGCCCUAUGCCAGCCGGCGUUCCUCCUCAACCCAUCACAGCGCAGUCACUCCAAGGCAAGACGCCCGAGGAACUGACACUGAUGCUCAUCAAGCUCCGCCGGCAGCAGGCGGAGCUCAACAGCUUGCGGGAGCACACAAUAUCCCAACUCGUGGCCCUGGGAGUGGAGGGGCCCAACCCCAAGACUGACGUUCUUUCCCACCAUCUUCAGAGGAACCUCGUUUACCUGGACAACCAGAAAAAGGAGAACGAGCCGCUUAUCUUCACGAUUCACACUAUGAUCGAGAACUCGGCACCACGGCCGCAACUCUACCAGCAAAUUACACCAGAUGAGUACCAAGACUGCCCUGCAAUCCAACCCGCGGACGAUAUCGAUACCAAACUGAGCAGGUUUUGCGAGCAGGACAAAGUAGUGAGGAUGCAAGAGGAAAAACUACAGCAACUACACCGAGAGAAGCACACUCUGGAGACGGCACUGCUCUCCGCCAGCCAGGAGUUAAGCGGCCAGAGUAGUCCGAGUACUUCAAGCACGCAAAGCCUCGUCCAGCAGAGGGAUGUGCUCCAAAACGGCCUGCUCAGUACCUGCAGAGAACUUUCCAGAGUCACUACGGAGCUGGAGCGCUCGUGGCGGGAAUAUGAUCGGAUGGAGGGGGACGUCACUUUGGCAAAGUCCAACCUACUGGAAGAGCUGGAAGCCCUGGGGAGCCCGCAGACAGAGCCUCCAAGUGAGCAGCACAUUCAGAUCCAGAAGGAGCUGUGGAGAAUUCAGGACGUGAUGGAGGCGCUGAGCAAAAGCAAGCCACAGCGCAGCAUGGACGGUUGUUCGGAUUCCAAGCCGCUCUCCAGCCUACAAAAGAGUGAGGGCCCCGACUACCGCCUGUACAAGAGCGAACCUGAGCUGACCACCGUCAAAGAGGAAGCGGAUGAAGUCAAUGUGGAGGAUAAGGAAAAAGACAAGAAUGAAACUGCUGGCGAGAAUACAGACGUCGUAGCAUCAAAAGCAGCGCCCCUCUACCCAGUGGGCUUGGUUCCCCCGAGAACCAAAUCCUCGGCGAUCCCUCCCGAGUCCACGACGAUCGCCUCUUACGUCACCCUGAGGAAGACUAAGAAAACCGAAUCCAGAUCGGAUCGGCCCAGAAGCGUCCUCGUAGACCCGACGGGCUACGGCGAGAGGGAAGUGGGCCGGCCCAGGAUGAGCGUUGAGGAGCAGAUGGAGAGGAUGAGGAGACACCAGGAAGCCUCAUCUCAGCGAGAAAAGAGACGGGAAGCGUUAUCCCGCUCGCAUUCGUUCAGCAAAGAUGACCCCUUCGUUAUGCUGCAGGUCCAGACCCAUGCAGCGGGGACCUGUGCGGACCCCCUGGAACUGGAAGCGGCGCUGAAGCAGGUGAAGACGUUUCGCAGAACAGAACCCGAAGCUGGAUCGACGACGUCGCAGGAGGCGCGCGAAGAAGAAGCGUCGCGGGGCAAGGGCGGAUAUUCGCCGCAAGAUGAGACGGACGACGCGGAAAGUGAGCUCUGUGAAGUGCAGACGGCGGUGAUUUUGGACCAGCACACCGAGACCCAGCACGUGGAGAUCGUGAACCUUCACGCGUUUGAGGAUCUCAAAAGUACAGAAGAUGUGACCACCUCGCCGACAAAUAUCACCACAGAAAACAGCUUCCAGAGUUCUUAUCCGGAGACACCAAGCCCAGAGCCCAAGGAAGGGGAGUUGGAUGUGCUGCAGCAGAAUGCCGGCGAGGAGAACCUGGAGAAGCAUCUAGAAUCCUAUAACCGGUUCCCAGCAGAUGACAAGAAACACAACAAUAACAACUUACUAGCUUCACCACUGUUCACACUCCUGAGCAACGACACGUGAGGAUUCACCGCGGCAUCCCACAAAAGCCAGAAUGUAGCAAGUUUGCAAAAGUGCGUACACCCCAGCUUCCCGGUUUCCCAAGACCACGACACGACAAGGAGACGGAAAAGUCGGCUUCGGGCAAAGGAUCCGUGGCGGUCCUGAGACAUCGGGUUGUCAUGUCUGUUUCGGUCCUCGUGUAGCCCAAAGGUCUAUACCCCGGGAAAAAAAAAAUCAAGGUUUUAGAUCAGGGGUGUCAAACUCAAUUUUGCGCCACGGGCCACGUUGUAGUUUCGGUUUCCCUCGGGGGGCCCAUUGGUUGAAACAAUCAAAAUUUUUAAUCGCCUCAUAAUAUUUACACGUGCAAUAUAUGAGCUAGUUUUGGGUUUUUCGACUAUUGUUCACGUUUGGUAACAGAAAAAUGCUUGCAAUAUCUCCCAAGUUGUCAUUUAUGACAUGGCAAUUUGAAUUUUUAACAAAAAUCCUGGAAGUUGACACAUGUGAUUUGCCUUCGUGGGCCACAUAAAACCAUUUGGGGGGGGCCAACAUCUGGCCCCCAGGCCUUGUGUUUGACACCUGUGUUUUCGAUUAUUACACCCAAAUUAUUAUUAUGUAGAAAUCAGGAAGAUUAUUCCGAAUCUGAAUGAUACAACAGUUUCACUUUUUGAAUUAAACUACAUGGUCGGCACCCCCCCCCCUUUUACACCCCACUGGUGUAAAAACCAGUUUGAGUAAAAUGCCAUUAAUAAUUGUAAUUAUCGUUCUUGACUUCAUCAAAAGUACAUUUUAAUAUGCACAGUCUUUAUUGGUACAAGUAUUAAAGCGAGAAUAUUUAAAAAAUGGUUUACGGGAGGUACUUGAUGUGUAAUAUAUGUAUUAUACUGUACAUACUGGAGCAUUUUAUUAGCAUUAUGGUAAACGGCAGCAAAUUACACAUGCAGUGCUUUAUUUAAACUCCAAAGUGACCACUACUGGUUUCUGUUUUGUUAUUCAUCCCAGAUUGACUCAAGUUUUUUUGUACAUUAAAAAAUAUGCUAUAAAUGAAAAAGGUUGUGAUUUAAUAUUUGUUUUAGCAGGAGGAGAAUCCGAGAAUAGCACAUGUACAAAGCAAUAAGUAGGAUUUCAAAACACAUGAAAUACUGUAGAUGUACAAUCUGUAUAGAAAAGAAGAAUUUAUGUACGCUUGGAAAAAGGAAAAGCAAAUAUAUUAUAGAGAUUAUUAUUAUUAUUAAUGUUAUUAGGUCCGAUAUGCAAAAAGUUCAUACCCCAUGUGUUUUAUAUUGUGGAA